AUGAAUCCGAUGCGAGAGUCAACUCUAUAUAUCGACAAACAGCUGGUCAACAUGUCGGUCGGUCAGCGCAGGUCAUUCGAUGGCCAUCGCUGCACUAUCCGCUACGUCGGCACCGUCGAAGGCACCGCCGGCGACUGGCUAGGUGUCGAAUGGGACGAUCCCACCCGGGGCAAGCAUGCAGGCGAGCAUAAGGGCACCCGUUAUUUCACCUGCAAGAGCCGCCACUCCACAGCCGGGUCCUUUGUGCGCCCGUCCAGGCCAUCAGACCCGCCGCGGGGCUUCGUCGAGGCUCUGCGAGACAAGUAUGCGUCCGAGUUCGAGCGGGAACUUGCUCCUCACGCAGCAGCAAAGGGUGAUGAUGAGGGUGAUGCAGGGCAAAAGAAUGCCAUUGAGAUUAGCGGCAAGGUCGUGGAAGAGGUCGGCUUCGACAAGAUCCGGAAACAGCUCGCCGAGCUGGCGGAGCUGCGCAUCGUCUUGCUGGAUGGCAUGUGCGUGGUCGGAGUGCUUCCCUCCUACGAGCCCGAUGAGUCACUGGUUGAGAAGGCUUGUCGGGAGAUCAUGCAGACGUGUCCGAAAAUCAUCGAGCUGGAUCUUAGUCGGAGUUUGCUGAGUCGGUGGCGCGAUGUGUGGCAGAUUUGCGAUUCGUUGAAACAGUUGAAGAGGUUGAGGUUAAGUGGCAAUCGACUUCAGCCGCUGGAAGAAGGGUUCAAUUUUGAGGGAAUCACCGAGCUACAUCUGGAGGACACGCUCCUGACGUGGGACGAGAUUGCGGCAUUGACAUCCCGAUUCCCGGCACUUAUGUCACUCACAGUAUCAGCCAACGAACUGGUAGAGAUAACUCGACCUCUUCCCUCCAGCACCAUCACCACCCUGAUACUAGAACACAACGAUUUCACCUCGCUGUCCACCCUACACCAUCUAACCUCCCUCCCCAAUCUCCAACGCCUCUCUCUCCGCGGAAACAACAUCAGCGCCAUCCAGGACACACUUCAACCCCCCCUCCUUCCACUUCCCAUCGACCCUCCGCUCCGUCGACCUCUCCCGCAACAACAUCCCAACCUGGACAUUCAUCAACACCCUCCCAACCCUCUUUCCGGGCCUAACAACCCUCCGCCUCUCAGGCAAUCCACUUUACGAACAAUCACCUCUCCCACCCUCGCUAGCCCCGUCUUCCUCUGCAAAACCAAUGACCGUCGACGAGGCAUUCAUGCUAACACUGUCUCGCCUCCCGCCAUCCCCAGGGAACUCUCCGCUACCCCCGCAGACGAGGAGCAGGCUAUUCUCGCGACGCAUCCUCGCUAUGCUGUUCUCUGUGAUCAAUAUGGCGAACCGCGUGUCCUGCGCGCGACGGUUUCUGAUUCUUCGAGUGGCAGGAUCAUUCAUCCGCGGUCUGUUGCUGCUAGACUUGUUAAGAUGGCGUUUUAUCUGCCCUCAUUAUCAUCUUCUUCUACUACUGCUGCUGCUGCUGUGUCUUCGACAGAGAAGAAAGGUGAUGAUAACAGAUCCGAGACUGCCCCGUCGAUCCUCCCAGAUAUCCGCAUCAAGGAGAUCCCCUCCUCGUUCGAUACGUACCAGAUCAAAGCCCUUGUCUCCCGACUCUUCGGACUCCGGCCGUAUAGCUUUCGACUGAUCUGGGAGACAGAUGAAUGGGAUCCCGUAUAUGGGGAUGGGAAUGGUGGGAACGGCGACGCUGGGGACUGGGACGAGAGUAGCGAGGACGGAGUCGAGGCUGAGGAAACGCCUCAGGAUACAGGCCGGUUCGUUAGGCGGGAGGUAGAACUCGUGGAUUCCACGCGGGAUGUCGGAUUCUUGGUCCAGGGGGGUGUGGGAAUGGGAAUGGGGGAGAUCAAGGUCCGGGUUGAGGUGUAA